CCGCCUUACUUAGUUUUGUGCGCUCAUGUACCGGCGUUGUUUCUUGCAUACGUUGAAAAUAAAGUGAUUAAUUAAAUCGUUACGAAGAUGCCGUGGACCAGCACCAACAGAAUUUACGCGAAACCCUCAAACACGAGCACCGGCGAGGGCUCCGUGGCCGGCGCGGUCGCUAACGGUGGCGGUAGCGGCACGCACGCCGCUCUCACCGCCGCUUCCGACACCGGCGGCCGCUUCGAGCUCAGCGACCAUGGCUACGGCAAGAGCUCCGUCAAGCUCCUUCACGUUCACCGCGACAACGACUACCACUCCAUCCGAGAGUUCGAGGUCUCCACCGAACUCAAACUCAUCUCAGAAACCGCAUACGUCCUCGGCGACAAUAAAGAAGUCGUCGCCACCGACUCUCAGAAAAACACCAUUUACCUCCUGGCCAAAAAGCACGGCAUCAAAACGCCCGAGGAAUUCGGCGCGGUCGUCGUGAACCAUUUCCUCUACAUGUACAAACAAGUGGUGGCGGCUAAGUGUAAAGUCGUCGAGUACCCCUGGGAGAGGCUGCAGGCCACGUUGCCUCACAACCACGCCUUCGUCUUCUCCCCUACUGCUACCAGAUGGUGCGAAGUGUCCCAAUCAAGACACGAGGCUGUGGCAGUGAAAUCAGGUCUCAGUGGUCUCAGGGUGCUGAAGACUACACAGUCCGCGUUCGUGGACUUUGUGCAGGAUGAAUACACAACUCUACCAGAUGCUGCGGAAAGAAUAUUCAGUACGGUAGUGGAGGCGGAAUGGACAUACGACAGCAUGCGGACGGCUAACUUCGACAACGCGUGGUUGACCGUCAAAGACGCCAUCUUAGAUAAAUUCGCUGGACCCCCAGACGUGGGCAUAUACUCCCCGUCCGUUCAACACACCUUGUACCAGGCCGAGAAGGUCGUCUUAGAAAAAGUACCUGAGAUAACCUGGGUUAGAAUGACAAUGCCCAAUAAGCACUACCUGAACAUAGACCUGUCAAAAUUCCCCGCCAACGUGACGAAAGGAGACCCCCGCCACCACAUCUACCAGCCCAUAGACAAACCUGCAGGCCUCAUCUACGCACAACUACGUAGGAGACCAAAGAGUCACUUGUGACACCAAUCUAGCUAAUCGUUUUUGUUCUAACUAUAGUUUCCACUGUACAGUCAGUUAAUAAAGUGAUACGUAUUAUAUUUGGGCUGAUAAAGUGUUAAACAAGCUGUUAAAGUGUUAAACAGGCCAGUCAAAAGAUAGCAAUCGCUGUCAUAUUUUGACUCGCAACCACUGUGACUAGGAGAGUUGAUAUGAUGGUUUUUUCGCCACUAGACAGACGGAUUAAUUUUACUAGUUCUAAGACAUUAUCAAGUUCAAAUUAUUAGUAAUACAAACUAGAUGUAAGAUUUGCAUUGUAUAAUAAAUAACUACGUAAGUAUUUACAAAUUUACAUAAUACCAUGAAUUACGAUGUGACAUUUUUACAGUUUGCUACGAGUUACGACUACUCAAGGCUAUGAACGUCGUAGUCAAGCGCUACGACAUUUAUUCGUAGCGCCAAACUCGUAGUCAGUGUAAUUAAGUUCUGUUAAAUACAAAAAAACUUUGACUGGGUUAUUUUUAAGCAUUUCGAUUGAUAUUAAUAUUAUAUUGAUCUGUAAUUGUAAAUAUUAAAGUUAAAGUCUCAGAAUAACUAUCAAAAUGUACUUUUACUAUAAGUCAACAAAUAAAUUGUGAAGUAUUA